UAUAGUAAUUAUUGCCAGUUUCAGUUAUUGUCAAAUCCACUUGAUUAAUUAAAAUAAAUCAUAACCGCGUAAAGUAUAGCAUCACUCAACAAUUGAAGAUUAAAAGUUCAUUCAACGGGAUUUAUAUAUAAAUAUAGCGAUAUACUGUUUAUCCAAAGAAAUGGUGAUAUAUGGUGUUUACAUAGUAUCAAAAUCUGGUGGAUUGAUUUUUAAUCAUGAUCACAAUGUUCCAAAAAUUGAAGUAGAAAAGCCAUUUAAUUAUCCUUUGGACAUAAAACUUGCCUAUGAAAAUAAGAAAAUAGUUGUGUCCUUUGGUCAGAGAGAUGGAAUAAAUGUUGGUCAUGUACUAACAGCUGUCAAUGGUCAAGCAGUAACUGGAAGAGAAUUAGAUGAUGGUGGUGAUGUUUUAGACAUGUUAGAAAAUUCUGAAAAUUUUCCAAUAACUUUGAAAUUUAGUAGAUCAAAAAUGACUACAAAUGAAAAAAUCUUCUUAGCUUCAAUGUUCUAUCCCCUUUUUGCAAUUGCAAGUCAACUUAGUCCAGAGCCUCGAUGUUCAGGUAUAGAAGUUUUAGAAGCUGAUACAUUUAGAUUAUAUUGUUACCAAACAUUAACUGGAAUAAAAUUUAUGAUUGUUGCUGAACCAUCUCAACCGGGAAUGGAAAUUUUAUCUAAGAAAGUGUAUGAACUAUAUGCAGAUUUUGCAUUGAAAAAUCCUUUUUAUUCACUUGAAAUGCCAAUUCGAUGUGAACUUUUUGAAACAAAUUUACAAAGUCUUCUAGAAACUGUAGAAAAAUCUGGCAUCAGCAAUGUUUAAUUUAAGUUGGAUGUUUGAAAGUUUAAUCUUACUAUAAAAUAUUAAAAUAUUUAUUUCUCUUUAUUCGACAAAGUAAUAUGUAAAUAGAAUUAUAUAUUGUAAGUAUACAUAAGUUAAGUUAUA